AUGGCGUCCAUCCUUCCGAGGAGCCCUGGCGGCUGGGCGCCCGCCCGCUUUCCGCUGCCCCGCGCCGCAGCCGCCAAGGGUAGCCCGGGGGCCUGUGCUGGAGCCAGUCGUCCCGACACCGCGGGGCCGAGCAGCCGCAGGGAUGCUCCGUUGGGCCGCCGCGCCGGCCUCCACGCGGCGUGCCUGUCCUUCACAGGCCGUGGCUUCCGCAGCUGGCCUCCGGGGCCCGAGCGCUUGCGCACCGUGGCGCCGGCCCCGAGUUUGGUUGUCCUGGGGCCUGGGGACCUUCCUGUGCGCUGCUGGCACUCGUCGUACCCCCUCGAGGACAAGAACAAGACGCUGGAGGAAGGUGGCCCUGUGUCCCUCGUCACCGCGGAGCGGGCGGUGAAGCCCCUGAGGCAGAGGGUCCUGGACGGACUGAAGCACUUAUACCACGGCUGCCGCCUGCUCUGGACCGACACCAAGAUCGCUGUGCGCACGCUCUGGAAGAUUCUCAAGGGCCAAACCCUGAGCCGCCGGGAGCAUCGGCAGCUGGUUCGGGUCUGCGCUGACCUCUUCCGCCUGGUACCGCUCCUUGUCUUUGUGGUGGUGCCAUUCAUGGAAUUCCUCCUGCCCGUUGCCCUCAAGCUCUUCCCCAACAUGUUGCCAUCCACGUUCGAGACGCAGUCUAUCAAGGAAGAGAAGCUGAAGAAGAAGUUGCGGGUCAAGCUGGAGCUGGCCAAGUUCCUGCAGGACACUGCUGAGGAGAUGGCCUCUAGGAACAAGGCAGCCAACGGGAGCACUGCCAAAGACUUCUCCCAGUUUUUCCAGAAGAUCAGAGAAACUAGGGAAAGACCCAGCAAUGAGGAAAUCAUGCGUUUUUCCAGGUUGUUUGAGGAUGAGCUGACCCUGGAUAACCUGCCCCGGCAGCAGCUGAUGGCCCUCUGUAAGCUGCUGGGACUCCAGGCCAUUGGCACCAACAACUUCCUGCGCUUCCAGCUCACCAUGAAGCUUCGGUCCAUAAAGGCUGAUGACAAGCUGAUCCUUGAAGAAGGGAUAGACAGUCUGAAUGUCGCAGAGUUGCAGUCAGCUUGUCGGGCGAGAGGCAUGCCUGUCCUGGGUGUCACAGAAGAACGGCUGAGAGGCCAGCUGAAGCAGUGGCUGGACCUGCACCUGCACCAAGAGAUCCCCACGUCACUGCUUAUAUUGUCCCAAGCUAUGUACUUCCCAACCACUCUCUCUGCCACUGACCAACUCACAUCCACAUUGCAGAAGCUUCCAGAGAUCGUGGUGAAGGGAGCCCAGGUGAAAGUGGCCAAGGUUGGGGGCAAUCAUGUGGACAACAAGGCGAAGCUAGAGGCCACGCUGCAGGAGGAGGAAGCCAUCCAGCAGGAGCACCGGGAGAAGGAACUACAGAUGCUGUCCCAAGCAGUGGUAGAAGCCACUCCUGGGAGGCCCGUGGCUGACCAGCAAUCAGAAGUGCCCGAGAGGAGCCUGCCGUCAGAGUCCCUAAAAAGCAUUGCCCCUGUGCUCGUGGACUCGAAGGAAGAGGCAAUAACUAAGGAAGACAUUGACAUUCUCAGCAGUGCCUGUUUUCAACUGAAGAAGCAGAAGAAGUCCCUAUUCAAGGAGAAGGAGGAGCUGGAGCUGCUGAAGGAGGAUAUCCAGGACUACAGUGAGGAUUUGCAAGAGAUCAAGGAGCUUUCAAAGACUGGUGGGAAAAAAUAUGUGGAAGUGCCUAAAAUCAGCAGGAGGCUAACAAAGAGAGUUCAGCAGCUGAUUGGGCAGAUAGGCAGCUUGAUCUUGCAGCUGGAGAUGGACCAGAAGGCUGGCAAGCUAGGGCUAGUGGAGGGCUCACCGACAGGAGAGAACGUCAUCAGUAUCACCGAGCUCAUCAAUGCCCUGAAGCAAGUCAGGCACAUCCCAGAAAAUAAGCUGAUCUACUUGGCCUCAACACUGGAUAAGAAUAAGGAUGGCAAGAUCAAUGUGGAAAAAUUCAUGAAGAUGAUUGAGCUGAUAGACAAAGAAGACAUUGACAUCCCCACCAGCCAGUUGGCCACAGUCAUGGCAGUGCUGGAGAAGGAGGAAAAGGUGAUACAGAAGGCCAAAGAAAGGACUGAGAAGGGGGCUGCAGAAGAGAAGAAUUAG